AUGUCUUCAGAGAUAGAAAGAGUAAUCGGUUUUCAGCUACCUGAUAGACCUGUAACUUGGUUCAAACGAGAUUUGAUACUUUACGCGCUUGGAGUCGGAGCAAAGAACACUGAAGAUGACCUUCCUUUCGUCUACGAAUUAAACCCGAAUUUCGCCGCACUGCCUACAUACCCUGUUGUAUUAACAUUCAAGGGGAACAGCCAAGAAUUAAACCUGUUUGCCGAUCGAAUGAAAGGCGACAAUAUUCCUGGAAUGCCUCGGGUGGAUCCCAAUCGAAUCGUACAUGGAUCGCAAUAUAUAGAAGUGCUAAAAGCUUUGCCCCUUGUCAGUGGUUUAGGAUGGAAAUGGAAGACGAGAUAUACGGGUAUAUCAGAGAAUAAAACCGGCGUUGUCCUUACAGCGGAAAGCACUCUUGUAGACCCGAAGAAUGUCGCAUAUGCUAAACUAUACAGCUCGUCGUUCAAUAUCGGCAUGAAGAUUACUGGCAACAAGUUCAACAAGACAAUCGCUGGACCGCCCCAGGCAAAACCCAUCCCUGAAAACAAGAAGCCGGACUGGGUAUACAAAGAUGAGACAUCGACUCAUCAAGCCCUUAUAUUUCGGCUUUCAGGGGACUAUAAUCCUCUUCACAUUGACCCAGCGAUUGGUCAAGCUGCUGGUUUUGGAGGCGUUAUUCUUCAUGGCCUAUCGACGUUUGGAUUUGCAGCUCGUGGACUCCUGAAAACAGUUUGUGGCAACAAGCCCGAGGCGCUCAAGCUCUUUGGAGUCAGGUUCACGUCGCCUGUCAAGCCUGGAGAUGCGCUCGAGACACAGAUUUGGGAAGUUGGUCCUGGUCCCAAUGGGACAACCGAAGUCACUUUUGUUACGAAGAAUCUCAGGACCGGGAAGAACGCUCUGGGGGGUGGUAUUGCGUAUAUUGUGAAAUCACCAUCCGCAAAGUUGUAG